AUGGAUUCCAACGAUGAAUAUCCGCAACAAGACUUGAAUGAUCGUAUAGAUAUAGAUAAAAACGACAAUCUCGAAGAAACAGUGACUAAUAGUGAACCUUUAGUUGAACGAAAAGAUUUGGUCAAAGUAAGAAAUAAAUCCUCGCAAGCAAAAAAAUCAAAGUCAAGUGCGAAAAAGGCAACACCGAUAAGUAACGCAUCAGGUCAGAGUGGUGCACCAAACUUGUUGCUCCCAGUGAAGAUUCCAGUAAAAUCUGAAGAGAACAUCGGCGCCAAACGUUCAAUAACAAUCGAAUUAAGUUACGCUCGAUCAAAUCUUGAAGUCGUACGUUCGUGUGUACGCGAACUAAGAUGGAAAGAAUGUUUCUCCGGUACGGCAAUCGAUCCAGAUAUUUACUGGCAUUCAUCUUCAUUUCAUGAUGGAAACAUAAACUUCUCUGCCAGUACUGGUCGAGUAAACAAAUUCCCAGGCAUCACUGAUUUGCUGCGUAAAGUUCAUUUAACACGUUUGUUGAAUAACAUGAGAUUGUUAUUUCCUAAUGAAUAUGACUUCUAUCCGAAAACAUGGUUCCUUCCUGAACACAAUCAGCAAUUUAAAGAUGACAUGCGCUACAUACAUCAAUUAGAUGAGAAGUACAAUCGUCGAAAAACAACUUUUAUUGUUAAACCGUCGGAUGGUUCACAAGGUGAGGGCAUUUACUUGAUUCGAGAUCCGUCACAGAUGAUAAUCACCAAACGUGCACAUGUUGUUCAAGAGUAUAUCGAUCGACCAUUGUUAAUCGAUGGUCUUAAGUUUGAUUUACGAAUUUACGUUCUGAUAUUAAAUCUUUAUCCAUUAGAGAUCUAUCUGUAUGACGAAGGUCUCGUUCGUUUCGCUACUGUUGAUUAUAAAGCUCCGUCAAGCGAUAAUCUCCAUGAGACGUAUAUGCAUUUAACGAAUUAUUCAUUGAAUAGACGAAGUGUUCAUUAUAAACACCCAACCAAUGACGAACAAACGGACGGAAGUAAACGUAAGCUGAGUCUUGUCUGGAAACAAUUAAGUGGAAUCUUUGGAAAUGAUAAAAUUGAACGAACCAAAAAUUUAAUACGAGAAUUAAUCAAUCGAACAAUCUUAGCUGUUACACCUGAACUUCGCGUGGAAUAUGAAUAUUAUUUACCGUUAAUGAAAUUCCCAAGCAUAUCCUGUUUUCAAAUCAUUGGUUUUGAUAUUAUUCUGGAUAAUCAAUUGAAACCCAUUCUCUUGGAAAUCAAUGCAAAUCCUUCACUUCGACUUGAUUUUGAUAAAGAAAAUGAAGAUGGUAAAUAUAUUUGUCUACCAAGCGUCAUUGAUGAAGAGAUCAAGAAACCGUUAGUGUUAGAAACAUUGAAAUUAGCAUUGCCCAAAAAGAAAUUACAUACAAUUGCUCGUCAUGUAAAAAAUCAAGCGAAUGAUAAAUUAAUUGCUGAACGAGUGGAAAAACUUGCUCAACGCCGUCUGGAAGAACGUAACGAGAAACUGAAAAAUGAUCGAAAAAAACGUUUUGAUUUGAGAUUGAAUCCAUAUUUUUCUCGGCCAGCGCCUACUCGACCCAAAGAAACCAUUUCCAAUCAACCAGAACAAGAAGCCCACGCUGCAUCUCCCCCGGAAACACAUAUUUCCGUUGAACCAUCUGAGACUGCAUCGCCUUACACAUUAUUUUCAACCGAACCGAGAAAGCCUACCAGAAAAGUAAUAAAACGUCCAAAAAAGUUACGCCAUUCAAUUCACACUGAUGAUGAUGAUGAUGAUGAAAGUGGUCUGAAGACUACGAAUGUCAUCGAAACAUUUUCAGCGCUAAAUUUUAAGCGAUCUUCUGUUACAUCUGGAGCACUGGUUUCGAUGCCGACGCGAUCGGAUAUAACGACGAUUACGUCAAUCGAAAGUUUGAAAGUUAUUUUGUCGCCAAAUAAUCAAGCACAUUAUGAACAUUUAUUCGUAAUUGAUAAAAUAGCGGAUAUUUUCAUUCGACUGGUGAUUCCUACUGGUUGUAAACUGAUGACCGGCACACAAUUACGGAAUUUUGUUAGUCUUUGUGGAAUCAUCGACGAAACCAUAACAUCUUCAUCCAUCGAUGUCCUGUACGUUCAGCUACUGAAAAAAUGGCAGCAAUUGAUGACAAGAACAACACUCACUGGAUUGCCGUUUGCCGCAUUUAUCGAAGCGUGUUUUAUCUUAUCACAACGGAAGUAUCCUAGUUCUCGUAAUUUACUGGAUAGUGUCAAUUGUUUGAUCAAUAUUUGUACUGAACGUGUGAAUACCACAUCUCAAUUUGAUCAAACUGCCCUUCGUCCAAGUACACGAAAUUAUAACUCGUCAUGUUCCUCGUCAUUAAGCAUCCGUUCCAGUUCGACUAACCUUCGUUCAUCAGCAGCAGCGACAAUAACAAUGCCAAUUCGUCGUUCCGUUAUCCCAGCAUCGACCACUCCAAUGGUUAAAAAUUCCUAUUCACAGAUUUCUUCAACAGCAAGACAAUCCACGAAAAGUGUUUUUCCUCUCUUUUUUGAUGUUCUAUAA